AAAGGGAACCAAUACGGUUUCGUUUUACCGUUUGGCUUUAAAUACCACCCGCCUCGUGAGCUGCGUCAUCCCUGCAGUUGGAUCCAAGUUCGUCGCUUGUCACGCGCAAACUCGAAACAUGCCUCCCGUAACGCACCUGAAAAGAUCUCAACCGUCGAUCAACUACUUAUUCACAAUCCAACGGCUUCAAACCCGCCAGUUCUCUUCUCCUGCACGACCUUCCUCUUCAUCGCCGUUGAUUCAAGCCCCGUGUUUCACCGCAGACAAGCAAAACGAAUCUCGUUUGACGAAGUGGAUCUCAGGGAUCCUACUUGGCUCGAGCUUAGGGUUGUUGUUUUGGUCUUCUUCGUCGGAUUCCAAGUCUCCUUUCUUGAUCAGUCGGUCGGUUUUGUCUUUUUCUGAUUCUUCGUCGCAUGCUGAAGAAUCGAUCGUGGAUGAUCCACCUUGGUCGAAUUCGUUGUUAAGGAAGUUUUCGCUGCCUGAUUACAGCUCUAAGUUCAUCUUCGGAGAUGCAUAUAGGAGAAAGGUUUUCUUUAACUACGAGAAGCGCUUACGGUUGCGGAGCCCGCCGGAAAAAGUCUUUGAAUACUUCGCAUCCGUUAAAACACCAGAAGGAGAAAUACUUAUGAGACCUUCGGAUUUGAUGCGAGCAGUUGUUCCUGUUUUCCCUCCAUCUGAAUCCAACCUCGUGAGAGAUGGUUAUUUGAGCGGGGAAAGGAACCCUGGCGAUUUACGAUGCGACCCUUCACAAUUUUUCAUGCUCUUUGACGUGAACAAUGAUGGACUUAUAUCUUUCAAAGAGUAUAUAUUUUUCGUAACAUUACUCAGCAUCCCAGAAUCGAGCUUUUUGAUGGCUUUCAAAAUGUUUGACAUGGACAACAGUGGGGAGAUUGAUAAGGAGGAAUUUAAGAAAGUGAUGGCUUUGAUGAGAACUCGUAAUAGACAAGGAGCUGUCCACAGGGAUGGACUUCGCACUGGGUUAAAGGUCAAUGGUUCUGUGGAUAAUGGAGGUUUAGUGGAAUACUUCUUUGGCAAAGAUGGAAAUGAACGCCUCCAGCAUGAUAAAUUUGUACAGUUUUUGAGAGAGUUGCGUGAUGAAAUGCUAAGGUUGGAGUUUGACCACUAUGACUACAAACGACAAAAAUCCAUCUCAGUUAAGGAUUUUGCUCUCUCAAUGGUUGCUUCUGCCGAUAUGAGCCAUUUAGACAGGUUGCUUGAUCGAGCUGAUGAACUAAAUGACAGACCACUACUUCGGGGCACUCGCAUCACAUUUGAGGAAUUUAAAAACUUUGCAGAGCUACGAAGAAAAUUGCACCCAUUUUCUAUAGCCCUUUUCAGUUAUGGGAAAGUAAAUGGCCUUUUGACAAGGAAGGACUUUAAACGAGCUGCAUUCCAUGUGUGUGGUUUAUCACUUUCCGACACUGUCAUUGAUAUCAUUUUCCAUCUGUUUGAUGCAAACCGGGAUGGAAAUUUGAGUGCGGAUGAGUUUGUUAGUGUUCUAUGCAGAAGGGAAAAGGAUAUUGCACAACCUGUGGGGAAAGGACUCUUUGGUUUCUUACGGAACCGUGGAAAUAAUUUCUCUAUCAGCCAGUUUCUUCCUUAAUACAUAUCACUGUACAAAUGGCCCCUGAAGUUAUGCAAAGGGUGCUUCUAGAUUCCUGAGUAUUCAAACUUGCUGUCAGCCAAGAAGUUCCCGUAUGACUUGAGUUGCUGUUAAAGAAGGCGUUCAGGAAUUCUGAUGAGUUGAUACAGAGCUGUUGACAAGUGGGCAAUGUUCAGAAACAGGAAAAGUGAUUAUUUCCCAACCUAUUGUGCCAGGAAUAUUUAGAUUUCAAACUUGCAGCUGGAAUUGGAGAUCUAGCAACAUCAUUUUAUUUCCUACAUCAAUCAAGGAUUCGAGGUGCAUUUUCUUACCCUUGAUGUGAAGAUGUUAUCAAUAGUUGAUGUCCAUGCAAUUUAUAACGUAAUGGCAGUUAAAUUGCUAGCUUAAGUUUUGGAUUCAAGUUUGACUGAUCUGCUUGGGAUUCUGUGGCACAUGAGGUAUAGAAGAUUGAAAUAUGAAACUAUUUCUUAAAAAUCCCAGCACGAGACAGUUAAUCCUUGCACCUGUACAUAUACUUCCAGUGGGUUAUCGAUCCUUACACUUGUUCUCCUAUCGGUUUGUCUUUGUCAAUAUCUUGAGAGAACUGAGAAAGUUAAUGUACAUAAUGAGUUCAAUAAGUAUUUCUAUUGGUUUAUUA